UGCUCAGUAGUGGACGUUCCACGGCAGUGCUGUAUUUGCGUUUCGUUGAAUUUUUUUCAGGAACACCAGACCGCAAUGGACCUUCAGCAUUAGCCGCCGUGAAAACUGUGAAUCGGAAUCGGAAGUUAGAGGCUGCGACGUUCGAGAGACGUUCGAAAAUCUUGCAGAAUGAUGCGAUUCAUGCUGCUGUUCAGUCGGCAGGGGAAGCUGCGACUGCAGAAAUGGUACACGGCUACAGCGGAACGAGACAAGAAGAAGAUGGUCAGGGAGCUGAUGCAGAUAGUUCUUGCCCGCAAACCAAAGAUGUGCAGUUUUCUUGAAUGGAGGGACCUUAAGAUUGUCUAUAAAAGGUAUGCCAGCCUAUAUUUUUGUUGUGCUAUAGAAGAGCAGGACAACGAACUGAUUACACUGGAGAUCAUCCACCGCUUUGUGGAGCUGCUGGAUAAAUAUUUUGGCAGUGUGUGUGAGCUGGACAUAAUCUUUAACUUUGAGAAGGCUUACUUCAUUUUAGACGAAUUCCUGAUGGGAGGAGAGAUCCAGGACACAUCCAAGAAGAGCGUCCUCAAAGCCAUCGAACAAGCUGAUCUGCUGCAGGAGGAGGAUGAGUCUCCCAGGAGUGUAUUGGAGGAGAUGGGUUUGGCGUAGUCCCAGUGAAACUAAGAAGUUCGAGACAAAAGGCAGGAGGAGGCAGGACAGUUUGGACUCUGGGAUCCGAGAGCAACAUUUCCUCUGGGGAUAAGACUCAGUGGAUCCUUGCAUUGGACUGGCCCUUUGGCUCUCUUUUUUGUUUGUGUGUGUGUGCGUGGGUGUGUGUGCGUGUGUGUCUGCAUUAUCAAAGUGUGGGAUAAUGGUAAUGGGCUAUAUUUAACUUUUAUGUGCCUGGAGGAGCAGUGCAUGUUCUGAUUGUUACAGAUGUGACACAGUUUGAAGCUUCGCUGUGAUUUCAGUCAUACUGAGGCAGGCUUGCAGGCUGAUAUAAACGCUCGUCAAGCAAGCAAAGCCAGGCCUGGAUGUAGGCCUGCCGAUCACAACUGAAUGUGAACGAGGACUGGGUCAGAGCAUCGAAGCACUGCGUGAGGUCACAGGUUCUAUAAGUGUGUCCAGAACCAGGUUUAUUCCAGGCAAGUCAGGUGAAAACAAAUCAUUCUCAACUCUGACCUGAAAUUGUGGCUGUAAAGACUUGAGCUCUCUUUGGUGGAUCAGAGCUCAAGCCAUGUGCCUCCAGCUAUCUCCAUGACAACGGACAUCAAACAUGCUCAGAACCGGCUCAGGACUGAGGCGAGAGUUUUGUUCCGAUUCGUUUUCUGUCUUCAUUCAAAUUUCUCCUUAAUCUAGAAUUGCUGAUCAACCGUCAGACUUGUUAAUUCGAUGCUUCUUGAUAGUUGAAGAUUCCACUUUGUUUAUGUAAUCUCACUGAAAACUAAAAUGAUAAACUUCUUCAAUGAAAAUGAACCCAAGACAUUCAAUCGUUUCUUGAGCCAUUAGUUUGUGUUGACUGCAGUUCCCAACCAAAAUGGAGAUGUGAGAGAGGUACAUAUCUUCCCAGAACCGGAUGCUGGUUCUGGGUUUUAAUGCUACGGCGGGAUAACUAUUAUAAAAAAAGAUAAAAUGUUAUUUAAAGGAGAUGUAUUUUGCAAAUUUUGCCUUUUGCAUGUUUUUGUACUUCCAUUUAUGUUUCUACUGCUUCUAAGUCCAAAUGCUUAAAAAAACACUAAGGCAAUACGUUGAUGUUUUUUGGUGUCUGGAAAAUGAGACUUUUUUUUAAAACCUCCAGAAUGAACAAAUUAGCAGCCACUGCCCCUCACCUAUCAACCCCAUCAAAGUCCAGCCUGUCACCUAGCAACCCAAGCUGAGCGCCAGCACAUGUGGUCAGCUGGUUUUACUUCUAUAUACUCUGUACAACAGAAGCAGCUGCUAACAUCACAGAGAGGUUUAUUACUGACAGCAACCUCAGUGAGCAUAAAUACGACUCAUAAGUAAACAGGUUCAAUACUAAGCAACAGUCAAUAGUACAACAUUCACGCCCCCUUGUGGUGGAAGAGAGUUGUCACAGUUUGAAUUGCAACACCUACAGUUUAAGUAGUUCUACUUCAGUACAUUUUUUGGAUGCUCUACCCACCUCUAUAUAAUCAUUACAAGUUUUGCUUUACUGAGGAAGAUUCAGUAAAAUAGGAGGAGCCUACUAAAAAAAAAAAACGGUUUAUGUCUCUGGAAAAAUGAACAGACCACUGCACUGAAGCCCAUUGAAAAGCUCCUGAUUAUUCCACCAAAUACUGAUUUCUGAACUCUUCCUGACUUAAAACAUUAGUAUUGUUGUUUCUAAAUGAAUGUGAACUUGUGAUGUCAUCAUUUGAGAUCUGAAAGCGCUGCAUCCCUUUCAUUAUUUUGAGCAUUUGUCAUUUCCUGCAAAUAAAUGCAAAAUUUUUGCUUUGAA